AUGUCCACCAACGACCCCAGUCCAUUACGACGCUCGGGUCGAGAACGCAAGAAGCCUAUCUCGGAGUACGAUCAAGAAUUGGCAGCAAUUGCAAAGAAUACGAAAUCCAAACGGGCGACCGAGAACGUUUCAUCUGACUCGGAAGCAGAAGAUGAAGAAGUCUUGAACUUCGAAAGUGACAUGGACUCUGAUAUCACCGACGCUGAAGGUGAUGUCGAUGAUGAGAAGUCCCGUGAUGAUAAUGACAAGCAAUCCAAAAGGAAGAAAGGCAAGCGGGCUUCCUCCAAAUCGCCACCCAAAAAGGGAAGAACCAUACAAGUCAAGACGGGAGGUGCCAAGAAGGGAACCAAGACAGCCAAGGCUCCUCGCGGUAGAAAGAAUCCAAUCGCUCAAUUGAAUGCCCUUUCCAAAACCGUUUUGGACAAAUCCGAAAACCCAAAGACCAGUCUGGUGGCGGCCUUGUUGGCGUCUUCCAAGCCAAUUCCUGGGAUCAAUUCCGUACACGCUAGCAACAAUCGAAACAGCAAGGUACUAGCUACCCAUUACACCCCGCAGCUCAUUGGGAUUGCUCGAUAUUUGUUGAAAAACCACGAGUCGAAUAGCCUUCACAUUGAAUUGUUGAAUCUACUCUUUCGCAGCGUCGGUGGAUCCGUGGAUACCAACUUGAAGGGUGAAACAGAUCUCGAGGAACUCAGUGACGAGGAAUGGGAUGGUUUGGUGACGGAGGUCGUAGAUGUCAUGCGGGAGUCCGAUUUGGAGUGUUUAUUGACGGCCAAUCCGGAAGAAAAAAUUGGCGUCCAAGAGUACCGAAAGAUUUACAAGGAAUUCUGGUACCGUUUGGGCAAUGCCAUAUUGACCCACUCUCAACAACAAUUGUCCUUUGAUGAAAUGGAUUCUCAUGAAGAAUCGGAAAAGCCGCAGCCUUUUUCGUCCAGUCUUUUCCAAGUGGAAAUGAUGAAUAACUUGGUAACUCGCAUCACCGAAUUGGUCCAAGUGGGCCAACCUGAUUUGCGAUACGGAGCCACCGCGGCCAUUUGGGAAUUGGCCUGUGCCUGCAUGGAACGAUCCGUAGAAUUGGAACAAAAGAUUCAAGUGGCGACUCGUCAGUACAAGGCUGCGAAGGGACAAUCGAAAAAGCUGGAAGGCAUCAAGCUGUCCAUGGAUUCGUGGAAGCGCCACAAGGCGGAACUCGAAGAGAUUGUGCAGACCGCAGUCUUUCAAGGUGUUUUCAUUAACCGGUACCGCGAUUCCAACCCAAAUAUUCGUAUUUGCAGUAUGGAAUUCCUCUCCAGGUUGACCUUGUUGCGGCCAGAUUUGUUCUUGGAAAACAAGUUCCUCAAGUAUUUUGGAUGGAUGGCCUCGGACAAGGAGUCCACUGUUCGUGUUGCUGCUCUUGAGGGAUUGCUCGGUCCAUUUCGUCAUGCGAAAAGGGACACUGCCAGCAAAAAAUCUUCCCUUCAAGUCGAUGUGGAUGACAUGGAAAGUGUCUGUCUCAAGUUUUUGGCAAGAAUUGUGGACUGCACCGAAGAUGCAGAGAGCUUGCAAGUGCAAGAAGCCGCCAUGGAACUGCUUUUGUUCAUGCUCAAAAACGAGUUUUUGGACGAGUGGGACGAUGACGAUGGCUGGGAUCAAGUCAACCUCAAGGCCCUUGACCAAAAUACCUCCAAUGACGUCCGCCGUGACGCUCUGUACUUUGUACUUGAUCAAAUGGAUUGUUUCGAUGUGGAAGAUGACGGAAAUGAUGGAAAAUCUACCAUGAGCCAUGGCUUGGGAGAGAAGAAGCAAGUCGAACAAAUUGAAAGCAUUGCUAGUUGGAUCGCCAACAAAUUGGUGGAUGGUCCAAUCGAAUUGAGCUCCGUUCGAGUCGAGCGUGCUGAUUAUGUCAUUGAUUCUCUUCGUGGCAUGAAGGAGCACCGACACUUAGCUGUGAAUUGGUCUGCCAUGUUGAAGGCCAUUCGUAGUGAGAAUCCUCAGCAAGGACGCAACACUGGCAGAGAAGAAGCAGUGAAACAACGCGUCUUGCUUCGUAUGUUUGCUCAUGCGGCAGAACAAGAAGUCUCUUCCGUUACACCGACCGAAGGAAAAGGCAGGGCCAAGAAGAGAAAGCGAUCAUCCGCCAACACCCAUCCCGCGGAUGCGCUCUCUGCAGCUUUGCUCAAGAAUCUUCCACAACUUUUGACUGCUUACAAGGGUGAUGUUGUCGCUUUGAGAUCAUUGACCAUGUUGCCGCAGUAUUUGAUGCCCUCAGUUUUUGGUUUGCCUGCACGCAAGACCGAGUUCCUGGCAUUACUCAAGAAUCUCAACCGCCUCUUUCAAGACUCCACCGACGAAGCCGUCUUACAAAAUGUGGCCAAUGGUCUCUUGACCCUUUCCGAUGGCGGCCACGUUCGAGUUGGCGAUGUCAAGAUGCAGAUCAAACGUUUGUCUAUGACUUUGCAAGAUCGACUCAUGGAAUUGCUCCGAUCAACAGAGCAAGAAGACGGAACCGAAGAGGGUACCCGAACUCAGAGCCAAAGUCAAAAGUCAAAGUCGUCACGACGCUCCCGAAGAUCAUCAGCUAGUGAAAGUACCAGGUCUACCAUCGGGACACUGUCCCCUGAAGCGGAGAUGGAAAACUCUUUGUCCUUGUGCCUCUUGCGCUGGCGCGUCCUCUUGAAGCAGUGCCCUGUUGGCUUGUUAUUCGGAGACUCCUCCAACGACGACGACGAAGGCGAAGUUGAGGAUUUUUACAACACCAUCUCAGAGGCAAUGGCAAAACGGUUACAAGAUCGAAGACCUAUCACCAAGAAGAAGGACGACGACGACAAUGAUGAUGAUUCAAUGGAGACCGAUACCAAGACUAUGGCAUCGGCAUGGAAGACUUCCGAUAUGGACAUCCACGCGGAAGUUGGUAGCUCUAUAAAAAACUCACUACAACUCCUUCUCUCCAUCGUGGCUUGGACACUUCUAGAGACGUUCGAGAAUCAAGAUAUGGCCGAGGGCGACAUGGAUGUCGGUGAAGAAGAUCUUGCGGUCCUUCGAAUGAGAGAUCGACUUGCAAAACUCUUGGGGCUGUGCUUUGAUCAAUAUAUCGACGAAAGCGACGGGAUCGUUUAUUCGGAUGCUCAGAUUGAAUUCGCAAAUGCGGUGCAAUCAGCUGCCACUAAGGCAUCAAGCGAUGUGAGAUGUAUGUUUCCUCGGCAUUGGGCAGAUGCUGCAGACAGCCUGCGAAACAAGCUAGCACUUCUGACUGAUACACAAAUGAUUGGUGGGUCUGUGAGAUAUCUCCAUCAAAGAGAAGAAGAGUUGAAGGCCGAUGGUCAGGACGAAGAUGAAAAUGAUGAGUUGGCCGUUGACUUGAUAGUUCCAAUCGCUCGUAGCUUGACUGCCAAUUGGAAUGAUGGUAAUCGAAAAGAGGCUGGAACCUUGCUGGCAUACAUUGCUGGACAUAGCAAAGCAACCGGGCAAGUUGUUCAAGAUGCGGCUAGAAUGAUGAAGAAGAUCAAUCCAGUUCGCUAUCUUGAGGCACAGAUGGCUUGCUUGCGAAUGGGUUUCAACAAAUGGCUUGACAAUGAGCCCGAGAUAUCUGAUGAUCCGUCAGAAGAUGAAGAGCAAGAAUACAAAGAAGCAGCAGAUCUGCAUGGACAAAUGUUUCAGGAUAUCGAACAACAAGCCCGCCUUUUGUCUCGCUCCCUUGGAGUUGGAAAGCUCAGUAACGAUAGUGUGCUUCGUGCCCUUACAAGUUUCAUGAAGGAAGGGGUACGCUUCGCGUUCGACGGCGACGACGGAGUUGAAGAUGAGAUGGUUCUGGGUAGCCGCUUUCCUUUCCUCAUGGUUCUCAGCAAGUACUCGAACUGGGCGAAGAAAAAUAAGUAUGGCCUUGAGGAUUUGAAGCAGUUCAUCCUUGAAAAAGAGGAAGUGUUGAAGUCUCAUCCUGAAUUCAAUGACGUUCAUGAAGAUGACUUGAAAGCACUCCGUACCUUCAAAGAAUCACUCGGUAUGGAGGUCGAAAUCGCCCAAGUUGUAAGCCAAGACGACGAAUCAUCGGAAGACGAUGGAAGUGCCGUAGGAACUCCAAGUCCUUCGAAGUCUUCGACUGCUUCCUCCCGCCGAAGAAUCUCUACGGCCGGCAGUCAACGGUCUCGUUUGUCCACUCAGAGCAACUUGUCGCCAUUGGAAGAAGAAGAAGGGGAUUCUGACGACGAAGAUAUGUCGCCUUCUCCACCUAAGCGAAGAAGAGUUCCCAAAAGCAAGAUCGAAGAAGUUGACGAGGAAAGCGAUGCUGAGUCAGAGGAAUCGUGA